UUGUUAAAAUGAGAGUAUCUCCGAGUAAUUUAAAAGAAGAGAAAAAUUAAAAGCAAGUGAAAAUCCUGAGAUUCGAACACAAGAUCUCUGGGUCGUGACCUGAUAAUUAGGGCGAAAAUUUCAUAUUUGGAAACAAUAAAAUUUUUCAGUUGGUUCAUCUUGUUCGCUCUCUCUCUCGAGUCUUCCCCUUGCUUUUCGUUUCUCUCAUCUCCACGUCGCAAUUGAACAAAGGCAGUUCAAACUUUGUGAUGGCAACCGAAACCAAAACCGCGACUGAGGAAGUUAAGAUUGACCUCUUUGAAGAUGAUGAUGAGUUCGAAGAGUUUGAGAUUAAUGAAGAAUGGGAAGUCAAAGAAGAAGGGAAGGAAAUUACACAGCAGUGGGAAGACGACUGGGAUGAUGAUGAUGUCAAUGACGACUUCUCCUUGCAGCUUCGGAGAGAAUUGGAGAGCAAUACCGAGAAGAAAUGAGAAGAUUUUUUUGUUGUCUGUAUGUUUCUUAUCUUUCAAGAUCUUAUGUUUACUAGGUCUUUUGACCCCAAGGUGGGAUUACGACGUCUUCUAUCCUUCUUGUAAAUCGUGGUAUUAUGAACAUGCUUAGAAGCCUAAAACACUGAUACCUUUUCAGAUCAGAUAAUUGGAAAAUCGUUGAAACCUUUGGCACCGAA